AAUGUGCUGGUCGUUGAGGACAUCAUUGAUACAGGAAGAACUAUGCAACAGCUUCUAGAAUUACUUCGCUCUGUUCAGCCAAAAUGUAUCAAAGUCGCCAGUUUGUUGGUAAAGAGAACUAAGAAGGGUGUGGCUUUUUUGCCUGAUUAUAUCGGCUUUGAAGUUCCAGAUGUGUUCUUGGUUGGCUAUGCACUCGACUUCAAUGAAUAUUUCCGAGACCUUGGUCACAUCUGUGUGAUUAACGAGCAUGGCAAGAAGAAGUAUUCCAUUACAAGCAUCUGA